AUGAAGCUCUCGACUGCACUUGGCCUGGUCGUGGCACCUCUCGCCGCCGCGCGCCAAGCUCGCACCGGUUUCUCGCCUGCCAACCCCGUUUCGCGGUUGAAAGGGGUGGCCGAGCUCAACCCGCGCAAGAUCACCGUCAUCGAGAAUGCAACGAAGAAUGCAAUCUCGGUCGACUCAAAGGCCGAGGUCAUCAUCAUAUGGGCGAACCCUGGCAACGGUGCCGACACGACAUCGCUCAACUCGGCCGUCAACGCUGCCCAAUCGGCGACGGCGGUCGAAGGCAAGACAGGAACAGCACCUGCCAAGGGUAGCGCCACGCACACGGUCAAAGUAGGGGGACCCGGCGGUCUCACCUACCAGCCCGAUCAGCUCCAGAACGUGCCCGUGGGCGACAUGGUCGUCUUCGAGUUCCUGUCGCAGAACCACACGGUCACCCAAUCGCCCUUUGACACCCCGUGCAAGGCUCUUCCCGGGGGCAUGGACUCUGGGUAUCAGCCAAACCUCAACAACUCGGUCUCGCCGCCGCCGCAAGUCGCCAUGCAAAUCAUGACGUCGGCUCCUCUCUGGUUUUACUGCCGACAAAAGGGACACUGCGGCAAGGGCAUGGUCUUCUCCAUCAACCCCACCGAGGCCAAGUCGCAGGCUAUUUUCCAGCAGAUGGCCAUAGCACAGAACGGAACGGGUCAGGCGAGCUCCAUCACGGGCGGAAGCACCGCCAACAACCCCGCGCAACGUCCCGCCGGCUCCGAGAUGUCCGCCGCAGGUGUCGCGCAACCGACGGGGAGCCUGGGCAGCGGAGGUGGCGAGAUGUCGCCGGGAAGGGGAACGCUCAACGCCGAUGGCAGCUGCGACUGCGUCGCCAGCUGCUCGUUCGGAUCAUUCCCGGCGCAAAACCAGGGCCUCGGCUCGAUUGGCGGCAUGGGAGGAUCAUUGCCGAUGAACAUGGCGGCUAGGCGGUAG